GUUACUUACCUGAGUAUACUUGUGCGCUAUCAUCUGCCGGGAAGUGAAUCGCGGAAGUUUGGAAAUUGAACAUAACAAAACAUUGCAGAAUAAAGCCAUUGUGCUUCUUUCCAGAAUCGACAAUAUCACGCUAAAUAUUUAUUUGCAAGAUAAAGAAAAACCAAGUUGAUUUUGUGAAUUCGACGCUUCAAUAAUUUAACGAUGUAUUCAUCAAGUAUCGUACUUUGUUUCGCAUUUCUGCUUGUUGCUUCGUUCUCGGAAUUUCAGGAAGAUUUUACGAAUGGCGAUGAGCAAAGCGAGAACUCGACAAUGCAGUCUGAUUCUCUUGUAAAUUCUACGAAAUAUCAAAAUGAAGAAAUGGAACUAGCACGGUGCAACUCAUACGAAAAUUCUGUUAAGAAUAAGAAUCAAAUGCAAUAUGAAUCCUGUAUUAAUUCUACAAAAAAUAAUUGCAAGAAUGACUCGGUGCUAUACGAGUCUCGUGAACAUAUAAUAAAAAAUCACGAAGAUAAUAAUCAGACAUCUAUGGAGUUCUGUACGAAUUCGACAGAGAUCAAUAAUUUCACGUUACCAGAAAUUAAUGAAAAUUUCAUUAAAACUGAAGAUAAGAACAAUUCCAUAUCGUACAAACACGACGAUUCCAACAGAACAAUUAAAACUAUCUUUGUUAAAAAUGACGAGUGCACAGAUAACAUUACUUGUAUCCAGCUCUGUUGCCAGAACGGCUAUAACUUGACAGUAAAGGGACGAUGCGUCGAACAAACGAUGCGUGGAGAGAAUAAAUACACUCUUCCAAACUUAUACGCUCUUCCAAACAAACAGAAGAAUGAUUCCGAGGAUGAAAUAUCUGACGAACUAUUUUUGACUGUUCGUGAUCCAUGCAUUGCAGAAGGAUAUGGUCGCCAAUUUGUUUUUGCCAAUACAUACUUGUUUCUCACCAAUGGCUCUUUGUAUACGGUUACUGGCGAAUUCAUUUCACCAAAGUCUUAUUGCUUUGCUAUUUUGUUUCGGAAUGUAUACGACGUGAUCAUCUGCAAUAAUCAGACAAAACUUCCAGUAUAUGUAUCCGUGUGCCACCUAUUGUCUUUGCCGUUCCUGCUGUUGACGUUCAUAGUAUAUUCUAUAUUGCCAGAACUCCGGAAUGUACAUGGUUAUACAUUGCGUGCACACGUGGGUUCAUUAUUUAUCACGUACGCGAUUAUAUAUUUUGGCCAACAAGUUUCUGGAUUAGCUGAAAUGAAAUAUUGCGUUGCACUAGCAUAUAUCUUCAAUUUCUUCUUUUUGUCGAGUUUUUUUUGGCUAAAUGUAACAUGCUUCGAUAUUUGGUGGACAUUUAGAGAACUCCGUUCACAUCGAAGAGGAGGUAACCAUUAUGAAAAAAAGAAGCUUAUAAUAUAUUCGAGCUAUGCAUGGGGAGUUACCAUCAUUCUCAAUGUUAUCUGCGUCAUCAUGGAUAAUAUUCCCAAUCCACCAGAAAAUUUGAUUCGACCAGAAAUUUGCAAAAAAAGAUUUUGGUUCGGUGAGAAUGAAGCAAAAACAUUAUAUUUUUACGUACCCAUGAGUAUUACUAUCAUUAGUAACGUUUUUUUUUUCAUCUGCACAACACUAACGAUUCUGCAUCAGAAAAUGCAUACAGCUAGUGAGUUGAGACAUUCGGAGAGCAAGCGCCAUGAUGAAAAUAAACAGAGGUUUAAUAUGUACUUGAAGCUGUUCAUAGUGAUGGGAAUAACUUGGAUUUUGGAGAUAUUAUCGUGGGUAAUCGGUACCAAUAUUGUGCCAGCGAUCAUCUGGCAUCUCACCGACGUCAUAAAUGCCUUGCAAGGUUUCAUCAUCUUCAUUGUAUUUGUGUGUAGAAGGAAGAUCAAAGAAAUGCUAUUAAAAUUAUUUCGUGGGAAGACUUGCGGUCCAUUUAAGAUUCCAAUAAGCGAUAGUAUAGUUUCGAACACUACAGCCACUUCGCUGUCCGGAUCAAUAUCCAUGCAACAAAUCAGUCCCUCUAAUUAACAGCUAAUCAUCUCGUAAAAUUUAAUUAAUCCUACUGAUGGUUGCAAUGCAA